GUAAGACGCCCGUGAGUACGUGACCCCGCCUGUACCUACGUAUUUCUCUCACCGCCGCGACUUCGCCCGCCCAGAACCUUGUGUGACCACAGGUGGCAGACCGGGCUUUCUCCGGAGGUAACACCAUCUCAUGUCUCCUGCAGAACGACGAGCUCAAUGCCUGCAGUGAUUCAGUGAACCCCGCCUCGGAUUGGAUCAGGCUUCAACCCGGCGUGUUCAAUUGACGACCACCUUUUUUUCAUGUUGGUCUGACUUCGUCAUUCGCGCAAGUCCGCCCUGUCAUUGGAAAUCAGUUUGCCAACGACAAGUGCGCCAUAGCAUUGAGCUGCUGUUUCCCACAAAGCCGCCGGAACAAAGCGACCAACGCUAUGAAGUUUUCCGAGAUCGACCUCGCAGCGUUCUAUCGAGCGUCUGGCGAGAAGCCAGUCUUCGAAUCGCGUUCCUCGCUUGAGUCUGAUGACAGCGACCUAGCCAAGAGUGCGACGCGUAUCUCUACCGUCAUUGAGGUUGGAGAACUAUCGUAUCUUUGCGAGGAAACCCCGUUUCAUUCUUCAAGGCUUUCCGACUCUUCCGCUAUUAAGCAGCUGGCGUCCUUCAUCCCGCCUGAGGGCCCCAUUUCCUGUCAAUCGUUGCAGAAGGUCAUCCAACACGACUUGCAAGAUGAUGACGUCUUAUCCUCCUCAUUUUUGAUUUCUAUUGUGCUAUUUACCCAGGAGACAUCUUUGGAUCGCGAAACGCUUGGACUAUUGUCCUCGUUUGGUUACAAGAGACUAUUUCUUACUAACACAAACAUUGGAAAGGGGCCUUUCUUCUUCUCGUGCAAUGGCAUGUUCCGGGUUUUCAGGCUUUACCCCGACACGCACGAUGCCUUCGUAACGAGCGUAAUUCCCAGCCUGGCUGAUAGGAACACGUAUCAAUCUAUUAGCGCAUCGGCGUACGGACAGCGCACCAAAUGUGUUGCCGUACCCUCGCGCCUUUACUUCAAGCGAACGAAAGAGCUGCCUCUCGCCGGAAUUCGACUUUCGGUCAAGGAUGUAUUUCACUUGAAGGGCGUGGUGACAACUAACGGAAAUCGCGCAUACGAGAGCCUGUAUGGCGAACAAGAUGUCAGCUCGGCCGCCGGCCAGGCAGCCAUCGACAAAGGAGCGAUCAUUGUCGGGAAGGCGAUAACAGUGGAGUUUGCCGGGGCCCAGGAAGUUGAAGGUGACUGGGCUGACUUCAGGUAUCCGAAAAACCCUCGCGCAGACGGAUAUCUCCGUGCCACGGGAAGCAGUGUAGGAAGCGCGUGUGGCAUGGCAACCUACCCGUGGCUGGAUGGGUCCCUGGGGAGUGAUUGCGGCGAAAGCAUCAGAGAUCCUGCCGUCGCGUUUGGCGUGGCCGGAUUUCGGGCCUCUCAUGACGGAAUACAGGAGAAAAAUACAUCGGUGCCUUGCCCGCGUUUCCAGCGGACUGGCUAUCUCACCAGAGAUAUGAAGACGCUUUGCGACCUCACGCAUCACGCAGUCCGUCGGCUAUUUGAUGACCGGGAGUCAUGGCGGCCGAAGCGAGUCGUCACGAUAAAUGAAUAUGCCAGUGGAAGAACUGAUGUGGAUGCACUGUUUACCAAGACUGCCGAGAAAUUAACCAAGUUCCUCGGUACUGAGCUUGUCAAAGUCUCGCUAGAGGAUACCUGGGAGUGUACUAAACCUAUCCAAACAGACAAAGGCUUUCUCUCGCACUACGCUAAGACCUUCAUGACAGUAGUCAGGAAAGACUACUACGACAGCGGGGCCAAAUUCCGGGAAGACUACCAGCGCAAGUUCGAUGCUGCUCCCUUCGUCGCCCAGACAACACGAUACCUAUGGGGAGGCGCAACAGAACCUCCGGCCGAAUUUGAAGAAGCUCUGCAGAAAGUGAAGGAACACAAUGAGUGGUUCUCUAAGAACAUCGUCGACGAAAGCACCAUCAUGGUUAUUCCACGAUUCAGUCUUGACCGCCGUGACGAGUAUUUGCCGCGAGAAUCCCUGCUCUUGUCUUUUUUUCCUGAACUAGAUGCUAAUUUGAGAAGUGAUCCCUGGAAACGUGAAUGGAUGGUUUGGGAUUCCAACUUACAUGCAUCCAUCGGAGGCUGUCCAAAUCUCAUGAUGCCCAUCGGCCAACUACUAGGAUUUGAAUCCGACAUUUCACAGCGGCAGGAGGUAUUCCCAGUCACCCUCGCUAUCACCGGGGCUCACGGCACUGACUUAGCAAUUCUUCGUCUCAUACACGACUUCUUGGCCGAACAUGGACCUGCUACAGGUGUACAGCCUGGCAAGUCGGCUUAUCCAGAUAGCAUGACCUUUUGACCAAGUUUCAGCCAUUGGUGCACAUUAGACAUGCUCUCCUUUAACUUUCUUUAAUAUCUUAAUCUCUGAUCUUUCCAAUAUGAAUACUCCCUCUGGAUAUUCCUCUGUAGCUUAUUUUAAUGAAGUCCUGAGAUGAAUAUACCACCUUAGCAU